AUGGGAUUCCCCAUAGGGUACCCUGCAGUUUCCGUCCCCAACCUCUUCCUUCUCCUUCUCUCUCUCCUCGCUUUUCUACGAUCGCUAGCCAUCUCCUUCCUCUCUCUCCUCCAUCUCUCCGACCUCCUCGACACCAAUUUCUCCUCCGCCACCUUAACGGAACCACUCUCCAACCCUCCCACCCUCUCCGCAAUCCUCAUCCGCCAAUUCCUCCCCGUCGUCAGUUACCGUGACCUAGAUUUGCCGGCGGUAGCGUGCGCGGUGUGUCUGGACGAAUUUACCGAAGAGGAAGAGAUCAGGUGUAUGACGAAUUGUAAACAUAUUUUUCACAAGACGUGUGUGGACCGUUGGAUUGAUCAUGAUCAGAAGACGUGUCCGCUUUGUAGGACCCACUUUGUACCUUGUGCUAAAAUAGAAGAUUAUAAUCAACGCUUAUGGGCGGCUUGUCAAUCUGAAUGUGAAGACGAUGAUGAUUCUCCUUUUUCGCAACAUGAUGACGAUUACUACAUUGCUUCAAUUUGA